UUCAAUAUGUUACUUUAAAUUUCAACUUCUGGUUUCCUCCUUUGGUAACGACCAAGCGUUUUUCAGAAGCGGAAAAAGAAACCCUCGUAAAUUUUGCACCUGCUAUUUGGAACUGAUUGCAGCAAUCAUCUGAGAUUUUGUGCUUUUGUCUUCGGAAUAUGUCAAUUGGGCUUCCGGAUUAUACUUAUACUCGGACAUUAGGAAGGAAGAGGGUCGUUGUUUCCAACAAUGUUGAAGCUUUUCCUCGUGAUGCUAAGAGAAUUUGCAGCUGCAGAAUCUCUCAGAACUCUGGCACGUUUCCACUUGAAGCCCUUCCUCUGGAUAUUAUGAUACAGGUGCUGCGUGGUGUAGACCAUCAAGAUUUGGAGCAGCUUGUUCAAGUGUCAAAAACUAUCAGAAAAGCAACUCGGAUUGUGAAGGAAUUGCAUUUUAAGUAUAGCACACCAAAAAAAACUUUUGUUCUUCACAAUCCAUUUGAUUUGGACGAUCCAAAUUUUCAGGAAAUUGAACCUCCAAACGCACCAUUGAUAAAAUCAAAGUCAAGGUGGAGAGGGAAAAGGCUGGCUGGCAUCUCAACGACCUUGUUUGCUUCGGGGGAUGAAGAACAGUGA